AUGGACGUAAAGUUGCAAUUUGAAGAAGCAUUUAAUGGUACUAUCUUUGUUGAUCAAGCUUAUAAUAUAAGUGCUUGUCGGUGGGAAGGAGAUCAAAAAAAACAAAUGAACUUUAGCAUACCUAUAUUAGGAUCAAAUGAACAAUCAGCUUGUGGUACGACAGUUGAGGAGAGAACAGGUGAAGUGACUUGCUUGCUCAUUAUUAGUCCGAUGAAACAUAUCUUAGUAGACGGGGUCAUGGGGUUACAAGUUCGUUGUUUAUACGCGAUUAAUGAUAUUACCAUCACUAUGGCUGGUUUGCGACUAGUUGGACUGGAAGAACGUGCAGGUAUUGUAACAGGCAAUGGUGGCACACCAACAAUACAGAUUCAAAUUUUGGACGGACACGGAAUUAGGGGUAGAGCUGUUACACAUGCUAGUGUUGGACAAAAAUUGACCCUUGACAUAGUCCUCAGAGAUACAGCAAUUUACGACUUUUACGUGUAUUCUUGCAUAGCUCAUGAUGGCAGUAACAGCGCUGAUGCAUCUGUGCGAGUCAUCGACGUGAAUGGAUGUGCUGUAGCUUUACCACGAGCUAUUGAGUAUCCUGUGCAUGUUACUAAUCCCACUGAUGGUAGCGCUAAGCAUAUAUUCAUUUUCAUGUAUGGUUUUCAAUUUACAUCCUCACAGUUUGUAUAUUUUAAAUGUCAAGCACGUCCUUGUAUACAUAAGUGUGGACAUAAGGUAAGUAUAUAUUCAUAUACAUACAUACUUGAUAUAUUUACUUAAAA